AUGCCGGCGCCCCCGCCUUCCCCCUACGGGCCGCGCGCCCUGGGCGCCCUGCUGCUCUUCGGCACCGUCUCCGGCCUGAUGGCCGUCCUGGCGUCCACGCUCAUCUUCCAGAUCCAGGCGGGCAGCCGGGCCGGGGCGGAGGGCGCGGCGGGUCUCCCCGAGGGGGCGCGCCGGGUGCUGCUGCCGCUGUCGGCGGUGCUGGCCUCGCUCUGCCUGGUGCUGAGCCUCAGCUGCCUCCUGCUCAGCCUCCUGCACGGCUACUGCGGCGCCGAGCGGUGCGCGCCCACGGGGGGCGCUCUGGGGCCCGACAGGUGCGUACUCCCAGGCCAAGAGGUGCGGGGCUCUCCUGGGGCGCGCGGGGGGGGGACAUCGACCUGAAGUUUGCUUCUUUGGGCGGGAGGGGGCUCUUGAGCCAUCUCAAAGAAUAAUAAUAAUAAUAAUAUAUUUAUUAUUUAUACCCCGCGCAUCUGGCUGGGCUUCCCCAGCCACACUGGGCGGCUUCCAACAAAAUAUUAAAAUGCCGUAAUGCAUCAAACAUUAAAGGCUUCCCUAAACAGGGUUGCCUUCAGAUGUCUUCUAAAAGUCUGGUAGUUGUUGUUCUCUUUGACAUCUGAUGGGAGGGCGUUCCACAGGGCGGGCGCCACCACCGAGAAGGCCCUCUGCCUGGUUUCCUGUAACCUCACUUCUCGCAGUGAGGGAACCGCCAGAAGGCCCUUGGAGCUCGACCUCAGUAUCCAGGAUGGACGAUGGGGGUGGAGACGCUCCUUCAGGUAUACAGGACCGAGGCCAUUCAGGGCUUUAAAGGUCAGCACCAAAACUUUGAAUUGUGCUUGGAAAUGUACUGGGAGCCAAUGUAGGUCUUUCAGGAUCAGUGUUAUGUGGUCUCAGCGGCCGCUCCCAGUCACCAGUCUAGCUGCCACAUUCUGGAUUAAUUGCAGUUUCCGGGUCACCUUCCAAGGCAGCCCCAGGGAGAGUGCAUUGCAGUAGUUCAAGCGGGAGAUAACCAGAGCAUGCACCACUCUAGCAAGACAGUUCGCAGGCAGGUAGGGUCUCAUCCUGCGUACCAGGUGGAGCUGGGAGACAGCUGCCUUGGACACAGAUUUGACCUGCGCCUCCAUGGACAGCUGUGAGUCCAAAAUGACUCCCAGGCUGCGCACCUGCUACUUCAGGGGCACAGUUACCCCCCAAAGACCAGGGAGUCCCCCACACCAGCCCGCCUCCUGUCCCCCAAGAACAGUACUUCUGUCUUGUCAGGAUUCAACCUCAAUCUGUUGUUUUCCUAUCCUGAGCUGGUUUGGAAGAAAAGCGAGAUACAAUCAUAGAAUGGCAGAGUUGGAAGGGACCACGAGGGUCAUCUAGUCCAGCCCGCUGCAAGGCAGAACUCUUUGGCCCGCGUGGAGCUUGAACCCACAACCCUGAGAUUAAGGGGUCUCGGGCUCUACCAGUAUGUAUGAGAUAUAAAUGAAAUCCGUCCACCCAUCCAAGGAACUCGCCGUAAUUAACUAGCCAUGGGCUUCCGGGGUCUUGUAGCCCCCCGAGUUUAUUCCAGAAGAAAGGCCUUCUUCUGAACACACGACCCAGAGGCUGGGGUCUGGCUCACCUUCGUCAAAGGUGGCUGUUCAUGCCCCCACCUCUCCUUGCCCCUUGCAGCCCUCCUCCAAAUCAUUAACCAAAGGCAUGUCCAAAUUGUCUCCGAACACGAAAGAAACGACGGCAUCCGCCAUGCAUUACAUGCGUUAGCACGGCUCAGAAACGACACGCUGGGAUGUCAGGAGGUCAGGGUUAAAUUGCUGGAAGCAGAAGGUAGAGAGCAAGUUGGCUGAGCUGGUGCCACAACUGCAGGUGUUUAAGAUUCAAGCGGGCAUUGCCCUGGCACUUCCCUGAAGGUCAUCAUAAGGUCUAGAAACUUGGAUUUCUAAACACGCACACAUCCAGUCAUAAUGCCUAGACCCAGAAACAUAGAAUCAUAGAAUUGUAGAGUUGGAAGGGACCCUGAGGGCCAUCUAGUCCAACCCCUGCAAGGCAGGAAUAUUUUGCCCAAUGUGCGGCUCAAACCCAUGACCCAGAGAUUAAGAGUCUCAUGCCAGAUUAAUUGUUAUUUUUAAAUUUACAAAAUGUACGUACUGCUUGAUUGUAAGCUAACCUCUGGUUCACAGGGAUGUACAGCAAUUCGUUGAAAUUAACAGGUAUUUUUAUAUAUUCAAAGGAUAAAAAUCAAUAUAGAUUCAUAGCACUGUAGAGUUGGAACAGAUCUCGAGGGUUAUCUAGUCCAACCCCUGCAAUGCAGGGAUCUUUUUGCCCAACACGGGGCCCAAACUCACAGCCCUGGGAUUAAGAGUCUCAUGCACUACCGACUGAGCUGUCCUAGAAGCAUGAGACACAUCAGUGCAUGUCCAACAUCAUGAGAUCUAGAUACUUGGUUUUUUAAACACACAGACACCCACAGUCAUAGGGACUAGAAACUUUUCAUGCAUGUCAAGUGUCAUGAAGUCUAGAAACAUGUUUUAAACAUAUACACACACACACCUAAGUUCUACAAACUUCCAUAGACCUUCUAAGUGCCCCUACUUUCCAGGGACAGUCCAGGACUUACAGAAGCCAUUCCAGUUUCUGAUUUGAUCCUGGAAUUUCCCGCUUCACCUUAGGACAUUUCAUCGGAGAAAUGUUGGAGGGCUGGAGUUAUAUGACCCCCCUGCCCCGAGCCAAGGAGAUAAGUAACUAGACAACCUUUAGAAGACAUCUGAAGACAGUCCUGUAGAGGGAAGUUGUUUAAUGUUUAAUGUUUUAUUAUGUUUUUAUAUAUGUUGGAACCCACACAGAGUGGUGGCAGCAACCCAGUUAGAUGGGCAGGGUAUAAAUAAUAAGAUUAUUAUUAUUAUGCAAUAGGAUGCCCCUAUUUUCAUUGGUGAAAUAUUGGAGUGUAUGCUUUCAUGAAUGUGGUGUAGUGUCAUGAGGUCAGAAACAUGGGUUUUUAAACACACAUACACACAGGUCUAGAAACUUGCAUGCACAUCUUGUGUCACAACAAGGUCUAGAAACAAGGUUUAAACAUUCACAUCUCCAUAGUGAUAAAUACUUGAUUUAAAAGCCACACAUACCCCAGAUUCAAGCAGGCGUUGCCAUGUCUAUGAUCAAAAGAUCCAGAAACAUUUAUUUAUUUUUUUAAAGCAUUCGCUCACACAGCCAGAUUCAAGCAAGCAUUGCCCACACAUUUUCACGCACGCUGUAAGGUCCAGAAGUUGAACCAGAUUGAAGUGGGCAAUGUCGAGUACUGUCAAUAAGGCCUAAAAACUUAGGGAUUUUUUGCCUUUUUUCUUAAGAAGAGCCAUAGCUGGCGAACCAUCAUGUGGUCUAGAAACUUGGUUUUUUAAAAACAGCAACAACGCAUUUGCAGGAAGGACAGAUUUGACAGCCGCUGCUGCAAUUUCUGUACUUAAUCAGCCAUUGCAUGAUGCUGGCUUUUACGUUACUCUGCAGAGUGCUGGGGCCCCCCAUCCGCACCCAUCCAAAAAUUCCUGCCGUAUGAGAAACUCUGCUCAUUAUCCCUCCAGCUCACGUCCGCCAACUUUUCCCACAUUGCCGCUGUCAUUCUGAAUUACCACUUUGAGGUUUUCUUUUCUGAGAUUCCCCCCUCCCCUCCAUGCUUUCUCUCCCUGUUUCAUUUUCCUUUUUUUCUCUCAGAGUUUUGCAAACAAAGUCUGUCCAGGCCUGCAGCGAACCCCCCUCCUUUUUUUCGGAAAGUAGGGGACGGUCAAAACAAAGCUCUCUCUAUUCUUGGGGACAAUGGCAGGCGAGGAAGGAGCAGGCAGGGCGUCCAAUAUUUUCUCUCUGUUCCCAAGACACCGUCCCUUUGCAACAUUGCAUUUUUUAAAAACACCAUUCACGUGGGGGCAUCUGUCGUCCCCCCCAUCCUCAUCUCCACAGUUACUGAUUGAGGUGCAAAUAUUUGAUUUAUUCUUGGGGGACGCUGGGGGUUAACCUCAUACUCCUUCCAGAAAAGAAACACCCCAUGUCCUGAGGAAACACUUUUAGGACAAAUAUUUCUCGAAGCUUUAGCAUGAGCCGGAGGGGAGUAAGGGGUCUUACUCAAAGGAGAUGCGUUGAAAUCAAGGAGCCAACGUUCGCCAGGCCUCUUGAGUUUGGCAGGUCUGCUCAGUGGUCUAAGAAGAGCACUGCCGGGUCAGAGGGAGGGAGAAGGAACGAGAGGCUACAAAGGAUUUGGGAAGGGGCAACACACAGAGCACACCAUGCAUUAGAAUCAUAGGGAAGGGACUCCCAAGGGUUAUCUAGUCCAACCCACUGCAAUGCAGGAAUCCCAGCUAAAGAACCCACUGCUUAGCUCGGUGCAGUGUGUAAUCUCUUUGGGGCAGAGACCCCCACCCCCUACUUCGCUGAUGUAACUCCCUAAAGCUCGAGGUGAUAUCACGGAGGCGUUGCAUAUAAAUACAUGAAAAUGAAUUAACCACAGGUUUCUGUUCCUUCCUCCUGCCGCAGGGGCGACUGGUUCCUCGUGCACAGCCGGAAGGUGCGUCACGUGGCUGUGGGCCUGUUUUGCUGCGGGGUCUCAGCCUACCUGGCAGGUGAGUUUGGCUCCUCCCCCUGCCCACUCCUUAGACUAGCUCUUGCCCGCCCUCUGCUGGUGAGACCAGUGCAAAAGUGCAUUCAAAGAAUUCAGGAACCCUAGAAUUGGAAGGGACCCCGAGAGUCAUCUAGUCCCACCCCCUGCAGUGCAGUAAUAAUAAUAAUAAUAAUAAUAGUAAUAAUAAUUGAUUAUUUGUACCCCGCCCAUCUGGCUGGGUCUCCCCAGCCACUCUGGGCGGCUUCCAACAAAGAUUAAAAAUACAUUAAAAUGUCACACCUGGACAGUGCUGCCUUCUGAUGUCUUCUAAAAGUCAGUUGGUUGUUUAUUUCCUCGGGCGUUCCACAGGGCGGGCUGUACAAUUUACUGUACAGACUUCUUUUUUAUCACUGAUGUAUACAGUGGUACCUAGGGUUACAUACGCUUCAGGUUACAGACUCCGUUAACCCAGAAAUAGUACCUCGGGUUAAGAACUUUGUUUCAGGAUGAGAACAGAAAUCAUGCUCUGGCGGUGCGGCGGCAGUCAAAUGUUGUUAAAGCAAACCAUGGUUUACUGUGCAAGCAUUAUCUUUUUUAUAUAUAUAAAAAAAUCACUGCUGCAGAUUUGUUGAAAUGGGUUGCCAUAUUUUGAAGAGCAAAAAGAGGACACAUUUGUCGACUUUAACUUUGGAUCGCUAUGACAGCUCUCAUUUUACAUACCCAUGAAAAAGAGGUUGUGCCUAGGAAAAAGAGGAUAUAUAGCAACCCUAGUUGAACAAACCGCAGUGGCCUCCUGUGCUGUCCAAACACAAGUCAAACCUGGUUAAAGCAAACCGUGGUUUACUGUGUAGGCAUUCUCUUUUUUACCUGUAUGAAAAACCACUGCUGUGGAUUAAAUUGCAUCCUCUCCCCUUCGAUUCCAGCUCUCUCCAUGUACAUGCUGGUGCAGUUUGAGACUGAAACCGGGAUCACCAGCGCCUGCGUCCUUUCAUCGGGCAUCUUGGUCCUCUUCAUCACUGUGACGCACGCCCUGAUCCGCGCUGCCAAAGCCACGGGGCUCAGCCAGGGCGAGCUCUCACACACCCUCUACGAGAACGACUCGGCCCGUAGCGGGGAGCUGCCCGCUGCCCCCCUCAACAACACCAAGGGCAUGCCUGCUCCCCGGCCACGCCCAGAGAUCCACCGGGAGUUUUCCUACCCGCCGUUCCUUGAACAGAAGUCCCACCUCACCACACCGGCCAGCAGCAACGUCACCUCGUCAGGGAGCGCAGAGCUAACCCUGGAAAAGGAUUGCUACAGCGCUCCUCGGAUGCACCGGACCCUCUCGGUGGAGUCCGGCCUCCUGCAAACCCACGGGAAGCCAUGGAACGGCGUCACACAGGAAAUGAGGAAUGUGCUCUCACGUAAAACGGCGGGCACGGGGAAAGAUUCAACCUUGGUGUAGAAAACGUAGGUAACCCGUCUCUGCAGAGGUGUAUGGGGAGCCAGCUGGUUCUCUGGAGGCCUCUCAGCUAUUAAAGACGUUUACUCUUC